AUGGUUCGAGAAUACCUCAUUUUCGACCCCGAGGGAGAUGUCGUCUUGGUAUUUGGCGACGAGAUAGCUAUGUAACAUAGAUUACACCCCACGUUCUACGGCAAAAGCUAAUAUAUUGAAAGAAGACCCCAAAUGCUCGUCUCCUCUAAGCACUUGAGUCUGGCAUCUCCCGUAUUCAAAGCAAUGCUCCAAGUUGGCUUUCAAGAAGGUCAACAGCUUAGUACAAAGGGGACGGUGACUAUCCCACUACCAGAAGACUGUGAUAGUGCCUUUAAGAUUCUCAUGAUGCUCGUCCAUGCAAAGUACAAGCACAUCCCGGAUCAGCUCAUCUUACCUACAUUGACAAAUCUCGCCGUGCAGGUAGACAAAUACCAAGUGCAUGAUUGCGUGGGACCGCUCAUAAUAGAAGGGUGGGUUAAGAAGCUGGAAAAUGAUCAUGCUUCCCUUACUGGACCGGAUGAGUCCCACCUCCAUAACCUGGCGAUUUACUUUGAUCUAAAGAUGUGUCGCACCUUUGAGUGGAUUGCCAUUGCAUGGGUUUUUAGAAUUCCACAUCUCUUUACGAUGUCUACCAAAUUCGCUAUACUACACCUAAAACACCCAGUCAGCACCACUUCAAAUAACCCAUGUCGCUUUAAGAAAUUUCUUGACAAACUGCCUAUACCUCGACAAGUCUUUGGUAAGCCUAACGCCCAAGAACCUAGUGGUCAAUAACUAACUUUGGAGACAAAAUCAAUUCACGAAGGGAGCAGCACUUGAAUACAUUAUCCGAAGCUCUGAGAGAAGCGAGAGAUCACCUCGAAGACCCCAAGAACGAGUGUUGCCAAGUUCCGAUCGAUUUCAUCCGGCACAAUUGCCGGAUGAAAAAGCUCCAACACUUCAACAUGAUCCUUAAAGCACAUGGUCUGAAUCCAUUACCCGAACCACCUUACCCGGAACUGAGCGUGAAAACUAUGCAACCGAGGUUAAAGCCUAUAUUCAUUGACGCCUUCUGCGGUACCAGUGACCACGAGGCCUACUUCAAGGAUGGCAAAGGUCGCUUGGGGUACUUUGUAAGUGUUGCGCGCAAGCUGUGUGAUGAGGAACCGGGGUUGGGUUUUCAGGAUAUCUUUGAGGAUGGUGCUUGAUGCCUCUGGGGCUCUUGUAUGAUGUUGUUUGUCCUAGCUUUAGCAUGAUAUUUAGAUACAUAGAGAGUUUGAGAGACUUAGAGAAUUAC